CCCGGGGGGGAUCGUUUGCGUCUUUCCGUCGCCGCUUCUCGUCCGGCUGGCUUUUCCGUUCUCCGCUCAGAUACUCGUCUCGCGCUGCUCCGAUCGCUCGAGUUAGGCACACUCGAUAAUUUCGUUGGGACAGUCCUCAAAACAAAGCCGCCACCAUGGAUGUCAUCAAGAAGAAGAUGCAAGCGAUGAAGCUUGAGAAGGACAAUGCUAUGGACAAAGCGGACACCUGCGAGGGGCAGGCGAAGGACGCGAAUAUGCGCGCGGACAAGGUUCUCGAGGAGGUCGCGGAGCUCACGAAGAAAUUGACUCAGGUCGAGAGCGAUCUCAAUUCGAACAAACAGGCUCUUGAGCAAGCCAACAAAGAUCUUGAGGAUCGCGAGAAAUCCCUCACCAACGCUGAAGCCGAGGUCGCCGCACUUAAUCGCAAAGUCCAGCUUAUCGAGGAGGAUCUUGAGCGUUCGGAGGAACGAUUGAACACCGCGACUGCCAAGUUGACCGAAGCUUCGCAGGCCGCCGACGAGUCCAGCCGUAUGUGCAAAGUGUUGGAAAAUCGCGCGCAGCAGGAUGAGGAGAGGAUGGACCAAUUGACGAACCAACUGAAGGAGGCCCGUUUGCUCGCGGAAGACGCCGACGGCAAGUCCGACGAAGUGUCUCGCAAGCUGGCCUUCGUUGAAGACGAGCUCGAAGUCGCUGAGGAUCGCGUGAAAUCUGGCGAGGCCAAAAUCAUGGAGUUGGAAGAAGAGUUGAAGGUCGUUGGUAACAGCUUGAAGUCUCUGGAAGUCUCCGAAGAGAAGGCCAAUCAACGAGUCGAAGAAUUCAAGCGUCAACUAAAGACCUUGACAGUGAAACUAAAGGAAGCCGAAGCCCGCGCCGAAUUUGCCGAAAAGACCGUCAAGAAACUCCAGAAGGAGGUCGAUAGGCUCGAAGACGAACUUGGUAUUAACAAGGACAGAUACAAGUCGUUGGCCGACGAAAUGGACUCGACAUUCGCCGAAUUGGCAGGAUAUUAGACCAUUUUAUUAUUUCGUUACGCUUGUGUCUAAUAAUUGUAUCAACUUUCUUCUGGGGAAAACAACAUCUAUAUGUUUGUUGUGCCACCUG